UUAUGCAAAUCCCGGAUGAGAUCAGCCGCGAGCAACUGGCUCUGCCAACUCCGGAGCGGCGCUCCCUCCCUCGCCAGUCACGUGCCGCGGGGCAGCGGGACGCGGCGCUCUCGGCAGGGCCGGUUCCCACGUCUCCUCUCUCUCUCUCUCUCUCUCUCACACACACACACCCGUGUAACUCCCCACCGCCGCUCCUCGGCUGGAUACCCGCGGGCGGGCCGGGACCAAGAGCCGGAGGUGGUCUCGGCGGAAGGGAUUCCUGGCUUUUCCCAGCCGUUCGGGACCUGGUUGGAUUUGACGCCCCGCUGCUGCUGGAGAGAAGAGCCGAGGAAAAGGCAUGAAAGUUCAGCGAUCGAUGUAACCAGACCACCGGUCGAAGGCAGGAUGGGACCUGGCAUGCUUUGGUUUUUGCUGCUGGUCUCUGUGGGGACGUCGGAGUUGGAAGAGCACUUUGAUCCAGCUAAGUGUCGGUAUGCGCUCGGCAUGCAGGAUCGCGCCAUUCCAGAUGAAGCGCUCUCAGCCUCGAGUUCAUGGCAUGAUUCAACAGCGGCAAAACACAGCAGGCUGGGCCUGAGUGAGGGCGAUGGAGCUUGGUGCCCUGCAGGACCCGUCUACCCCAAUGACGCAGAGUACCUGGAGAUAGACCUGCGCCAGCUGCAUUUCCUAACCUUGGUGGGGACGCAGGGACGCCACGCAGGUGGCCAUGGCAAGGAAUUUGCUCGCUCUUAUCGGCUCCAUUACAAGCGGGAUGGCCAUCACUGGAUGUCUUGGCGUGACCGGUGGGGCAAUGAGGUGAUUUCAGGCAAUGAAAACACCAAUGAGGUGGUGUUGAAGGAUCUAGGACCUCCUAUCAUUGCCCGGUACAUCCGUUUCUACCCCCGUUCAGACCGUGUCAUGAGUGUCUGCUUGCGAGUGGAACUCUAUGGCUGUGUCUGGAAAGAUGGCCUUCAAUCCUAUACAGCCCCUUUAGGUCAGGUGAUGCCUUUGGCCCCGGAACUGGUCUACCUUAACGACUCCACGUACGACGGGUCCAGUGUCAGCAAGUUACAUUUUGGGGGUCUUGGCCAGUUGACGGAUGGAGUGGUGGGGCUGGAUGACUUCACCCAAACCAAAGAGUUCCGGGUUUGGCCUGGAUACGAUUAUGUGGGCUGGAGCAAAAUAUCUUUUCCUGACGGUUUCAUCAAGAUGGAGUUUGAGUUUGACCGACUCAGAUCCUUCACAUAUAUGAAGGUUCACUGCAGCAAUAUGCACACACGUGGCGUGGGGAUCUUCGAGCAGGUGGACUGCCUCUUCAAGCACAGCCUCGCCACAGCUUGGGAGCCUGUCCCUGUCUCCCGACAGCUUUCGGUGGAUGUCAGGGACCCCAGUGCCCGCUCUGUCACCAUACCACUGGAUGGACGAAUCGGCUUGUUUGUCCAGUGCCACUUUUACUUUGCCGCCGAGUGGAUGCUCUUCAGUGAAAUUGCCUUUCUCUCAAAUGUUGUGGACGACCCUUCUCUUGCUGUGUCAAGUCAGUAUCCCGCAGUGGUGGCUCCACCUCACCCUUCAGGCCGCAACCUUCCCAUCUCUCCGGCUCUUGGUUCCUCGCUCAAUGACAAAGCCGACGGUACCUCGAACCUCACCCAGGCAGAUCUCGAAGGCGAAGUGAAAUCUGGCCAGCCAAUUGCAAAGGAUGAUAACAGCAACACCUCCAUAUUGAUUGGCUGCUUGGUGGUCAUCAUCCUCCUCCUCCUGGUUGUCAUAUUUCUCAUUCUCUGGCGUCAGUAUUGGCAAAAGAUUUUAGGAAAGGCUCAACGCCGCAUCUCUGAUGAUGACCUCACUGUCCACCUCUCUGCACCGAACGACACGAUUGUCAUCAACAACACAAUGAGCUCCAACAGACACUCCAACCGAUACGAACGCAUCCUUUCGGGUGAAACGGAAUACCAGGAACCCAACAGGGCACGCAUGAAACUCCCAGAUCUUCCUCACAGUGCUGAGAAUUCUGCUCUGCUGCUCAGCAACCCGGCUUACCAUCUCCUCCUGGCCACCUAUGCCCAGCCAAUGGGAAGGCCUGCUUUCCCGCCACCCAGCCAGGUUAAGCCAAUCAACACCAAUGCGUGUGGGAUUGACUACAUGCAACCAGAACUAGCUGCCAGCCAGCCAAGUUUCCAGAACAAUGUGCCACAUUACGCCGAAGCCGACAUCAUCAACCUGCAGGGAGUGACUGGCGGGAACACAUAUGCUGUCCCUGCUGUUGCGGUGGAUGCCCUUGCCGGCAAGGACAUGGCACUAGGCGAAUUUCCCCGGGAACGGCUGAUCUUCAAGGAGAAGCUGGGCGAAGGGCAGUUUGGAGAGGUCCACCUGUGUGAGGUGGAGAACCCUCAAGAUCUGCCAAGCUUGGAGUUCCCUUUCAACGUGCGCAAGGGACGCCCUCUGCUGGUUGCUGUGAAGAUUCUACGCUCGGAUGCCACCAAGAACGCCAGGAAUGAUUUUCUGAAGGAGGUGAAGAUCAUGUCUCGCCUGAAGGACCCUAACAUUGUGAGGUUGCUGGGGGUGUGCGUGCGGGACGAUCCACUGUGUAUGAUCACAGAGUACAUGGAGAAUGGGGACCUCAACCAGUUCCUGAGUGGACAUGAGCUGGAAGACAAGCUGGGUGGCAGCCCCGGCGGGAGGCCAACCAUCAGCUAUCCCACUCUGGUCCACUUAGGGGCUCAGAUAGCCUCCGGGAUGGCAUUUCUUGCCUCCCUCAAUUUUGUGCACCGGGACUUGGCGACCCGAAACUGCCUGGUGGGUGAAGGCUUCACUAUCAAGAUCGCAGACUUCGGCAUGAGCCGGAACCUCUACGCCGGAGAUUAUUACCGCAUCCAGGGCCGAGCCGUGCUCCCGAUCCGCUGGAUGGCUUGGGAGUGCAUUCUCAUGGGUAAGUUCACCAUGGCCAGCGAUGUUUGGGCAUUUGGUGUUACGCUGUGGGAAAUCCUCAUGCUGUGCCAAGAACAGCCAUACAGUCAGCUCACGGAUGAAGCUGUAAUCGAGAACGCUGGCGAGUUUUUUCGGCAUCAGGGCAAACAGGUCUAUCUCAGCCGUCCGCCCACCUGUCCCUUGGCUGUCUAUGAGAUGAUGUUGAGAUGCUGGGCACGAGAGGCCAAGGACCGCCCAUCCUUCCAACACCUGCACUGCUUCCUGGCUGAGGAUGCCCUCAAUAUGGUGUGAACCAGACUAGCACCGGCCGUCUGACGCUGUGUUAAGACAUUGGACAGCACCACAGAGACUGCUGGAGGCCGGAGGUGGCUCAGAGGCCCUCAUGCGCCAGAUCGUUUUUUUGUGGGACACCUGGUUGUUCCCUCUGGCCCAGCCUUUGCUCGUCCAAAUCUCACUAUUCACCUUCCAAUAUGUGGUUUUCUUUCUCCCCCUGUUUUCUUUUCGCCUGAUCAUCUCGAACCGACUUAUUUCAUCACACAAUCUAAAAUUGCUAUUCUGAAAUUCUUACCUGAUGGUUUUUUUUCUUCACUCUGUUAACUCCUAUUUCUCCUAGUCCUAAGCCAGUCUGUUUCUGCUUUAAACCAACGUGGUGCCUUCCUGCUGUGUGUAGAAACUACAAUUCUCAGCUUUUUAAUAUUUAUCAACCACAGGAUAAGCAACCCGGGUCCCUCCGUGUGUCUGUCCCACAUUCUGUCAAUAACAUUUGCAGCAAAGGACAGUUGUAAGUCCGAAACAUCUGGAGAACAUGAUAUUGUCUGUAGCCAGAGACCAUAUUGGCCAGAAAGUCUUAGUUCCAGUCUUAACACAUCUGGGAGAUACCCAAGCAAGGAAGCUGUUCUGUCAAACGUAGCCCUAUUCAUCCUGCUAUAAUUUGAACAAAUAUCUUAUUACUCGUUCUGCCAGAUGUUUCUUCUCUUGCAUCGUAGCUCUUUCUUCUGUCCUUUGACCUCCAGGUUUUGAAGGUGAGCUAAGGAAGCAAGGUUAGUGGCUGAGGUAUUUAUUGAAGCCCUCUUUCUCUAUUUUCCUUCCUUCGGCAGCAAACCAGGCAUAGUAUCAUAAUUCUGAUUGGGCUAAUCAUGUCCUUCGCAUCCAUUCGAUGCUAGCAGCAGCUCUGUGAGCAGGUUGAUUGUAAAUGCAAAAGAUCUCAUUCCUCAAUUUCACAACCAGACCCAUCCCUAGGUAGCCCUGGGUUUCAGCCCCUCAUUGAGAACCUAAGGAGAGGAUAUUAAUGUUGGCUUGCUUAGCAGGAGUCCGUAAGGACGGCUGCAGUGAAAU